CAUAUAUAUAUAUCUGUCAAAAAGUAGCGCAAAUAUUUGGAUACAAUGAGAUGUUUCCGAAAACGUUCAGCAAUACCAGUACUAGGAGUGCUAAUAUUUUGUCUUCUAUUCAUGAACUUGUAUAUUGAAGAUGGAUAUGUGCUGGAAGAAGAUAAACGAGUUAGAGACGCGUCGACAUCCCAACUAAAUACAGAUCGAUAUGCUCCUUUAAUUAAAGAAUUCUCAAAUUUCUCAUCAUCCAUAAAUAUAUCAUAUCAAAUCUUAGCAGGAAUGCCAUCACCAAGAAAAAGGUAUCUUACUAUUGGCCUGUCCUCUGUUAAACGGAAAAAAGGAAAUUACUUACUUGAAACAAUCAAAUCCAUAUUUGAACAGUCAAGUUACGAUGAAUUAAAAGAGAUUGUAGUAGUUGUACAUCUAGCUGACUUUGACCUAUCUUGGUGUGAAAGCAUUGUUCAAGAUAUAUCCCGAAAAUUUUCUCAUCACAUUAUUGCUGGAAGAUUGACAAUUAUCCAUACUCCAGUAGAGUUUUAUCCUAUCUUAAAAGGUUUAAAAAGAAAUUACAACGACCCCGAUGACCGUGUCAAAUUUAGAUCCAAGCAAAAUGUUGAUUAUGCGUUUCUUUUAAAUUUUUGUUCCAAUUUGUCUGAUUACUACAUGAUGCUUGAGGAUGAUGUGAGAUGCUCAAAGAAUUUUUUGGCUACUAUUAAGAAAGUCGUCAAUUCACGGAAAGGAUCAAGCUGGAUCACUUUGGAAUUUUCAAAGCUGGGAUACAUAGGUAAAUUGUAUCAUUCCCAUGAUUUAACAAGACUGGCCCACUUUCUGCUAAUGUUUUACCAAGAAAUGCCUUGUGACUGGUUACUGAUUCAUUUUAGAGGCCUUUUGGCCCAAAAAGACGCAAUCCGAUUCAAGCCAUCUCUUUUCCAACACAUGGGCUACUACUCUUCAUACAAAGGUGUUGAGAACAAGUUAAAGGAUGACGAAUUUGAGGAGGACUCAAUUGAUAUACCUGAUAACCCACCAGUAAGUAUCAGCACAAAUAUGAAUGUAUUUGAAAACUAUGAAGUCAGCAAAGCAUAUAGCAGCACAGAAGAAUAUUUCUGGGCCAAAUCCCCAUCCAGUGGUGAUUUUUACCAUAUUAUAUUUGAAAAACCUAUCAAAAUUAGUAGAAUUAAAGUUAACACUGGAAGUGAAGAUCGGCCAAAUGAUAUUUUACACCAUGGAACAUUGGAGGUUGGAGAACGAUUGGUCGGAAAUAAAAAAGUAAAGAAAUGUACAACUUACCUUAGAUUAGGAGAUUUCAACAACGGAAAUUUUGAAAUGGAAGAUAUAGAUCACAAGGUUUUAUUUAAUAUUGACUGCAUUCGAAUUCUUGUAACAAAAAAUCAAAUUGAAUGGUUAAUUAUUAAAAGCAUUAGUAUUUGGAUUACUGAGCCAAUAAACCAUUAGGCCAAUGUGCCUUCCGGGUAGAAGAAGAAAAUGACAUUAUCCGUUAAAUGCCAUCUGGCAUGUCUCCAAAUUGAACUACACUUUUUAAUAAUAUGCAGAAAUUGCAAACUAUGUGAAAAAAAUAUUUUUUAUUAAUUCUGUCAGGCAAUAUUCAACAAUAUCUGUGUUUUUGAAAUGUUCUCUAUUUUAUACAAAAACAACCUCCCAUACUGCAAAUUACUUUUAGUGUUAUUGUUAAGCUUUUCAUUUUAUAGAAAGAAAACACUUUCUUUUAGCAUGGCAUUUUUGUAAAACAGUCUACAAUUUCCCAAGCGUCUGUCCAAUGCUUAUUUCUCUUGCUUAAGCCUCUUACUACCUCUUUCUCUUCUCUAAAAUAUACCCCACUUUUGAGAGCCAGCGUGACUUGAAAUACCUUGUGUUAGAAUUUGUUUCUCUGGUGCUCAAGGGGUAAAUUUUGUAAUGCAUAAGGCAAAUUCAAUCCUUCACUGUGAGAGAACACUGUCGCAAAAACAUGAAUUUCUUAUUUAAUUGAUUAUGGUUAGUUUACCAAUACUACAUGCUGCUUCAUUUAAACUAAAUCAUACUAGUUUAUCACAAAGGUAACACGGUUCUAUGUUAAAUCCAAGGUUUUGUUUUGAUAUUUUAACUCUUUUAACUGUUUUAUUUAAUUAUGCUUUGAGCUAUAUAUUUAAUGUUUUCAUAUUUAUUAUUUAAAACUGCUGUAUUUGAUCCUCUUUUUCCUGUUUAUUUAAAAUUAUUUUUAAACAUAUUUACUUGGAUAGAUUGGAGAGAUUUAUAAAUGUAUAGCAAGUGCAAAAAAUGGGGAAACAAAUACCAAAAAUACACAUGUAUUAAAAAUUGGUUUUGGGACAAUAUUUUCCUAAAUGUUGAGCAAGAAAAGACUUGCGAACAAAAAACACAUCAAAUGUUGCCAUUAAAAGUGGAUAAAUAUGUAUCCUGGCUAUCAUCGUCAGCAUCAACAAAUGCUUUUCAUUGCAUAAAAAAAGCACAAUUUUGGGGACUUAAUAUGAUUUUUAAAAAUUACAAAUACAUUUGUCCAUGUUGUAUUGUUUUGUAUAAUAACCUGUAAAAACUGUGCUUUUCUUUCUCUUUUUUUGUUCUGUUUAAUUAUGUGGAUAGAUUUACUACAUCAUUUCAUGUUGCCACACUUCUAAUUAAUUUGUAUGAUGAUUAAAAUCCAUAGCCCUGAUUUGCAAAACAAACCAAAAUGUAGACUAUAAAUGUUUCAUAAAAUGUAUAACUGUCUGCUGAAAUAGUUAUCUUUUAAAUGUUCAAAAGUCCAACAAAGCCAUUGAAAGACUAUUUGAAACAAAAUAAGAAACAAAAUGUGCUUGAAUAAAAAUGCCAAUUUUAUUAAUCUAAAAAAUUUGGAUUAAAAAAUGUACUAGAGUAGUUUUUCAAACAUUAUUUUCUUUAUUAAUGUUUUCAAGUGUUUAAUAUGUUCUAAACAUUCGUUUUUUAGGUUGAUAUUGUAAAUUGUCCUUUUCAUUACAGAGAUAUUGGUGUGGAUUAAAAUUUUGCAUUUGAAUAUGUUGA